AUGCUGGAUUUGUCGCUUCCUGAGCGAACUAAGAUCGCACAACAAAUAGUGGCUUUGGCUGUGGAGUAUCAAAAACGAGUACGACAUGCCAUUGUGAAGGGAUGUUGGUAUUUUUCAAUGACCUGUGAUAUUUGGACUUCCAGAAACACGAAAAGCUACAUUUCGUUGACUAUACAUUACGUGGACGAUGAAUUUUGCCCUCAGAAUUGGACUCUGGAACACAUGUCAUGCCUAGCACACUGCCUGCACCUAGUCGUUGGAGGGGCAAUGAUUAAGAAGAAACGGGCGAGUGGUGUCGCCGAUGAGCCAGAUUGGGCUGCUGAAAAGCUUCACUGA